AUGAGUAGUGAAUCUCUUCUUAAACCAUCACCUCUUAUACCAGUAACACGAACAGAUAUUGUACAAUCACUUAUAGAUGGAGUAGAUAGAUAUAACCCAGAUAAUGUAUCAAUUUUGGAAGAUUAUCUUGGACAACAACUUCAGAAUGAAGAAUAUGACUUAAUGGCAAAUUUGGCAAUUUUAAAAUUUAUAACGAAAUUAACAGAAUUACAACAAUGUUUGGAACAAGCACGAUUUCGAGAAUUUUGGGAAAUUUAUGGAGAUGAAUCAUGUAAAGAACUUGCCAGUGAAGCGAUAGGAUUUGAAGAUGCAAUACGUAAAGUUAAUUUAUUAAGUUCUUAUCUUAAUUAUAAUCCUGAAUUUGAAAGUUUUAUUCAAAAUCGAGGUCUUGAAAUCAAAGAAGAGGUUGUAUAUAUUCCUAAAAAUGCUGAUAAUGAUGCGAAACCAACAGUAAUUAGAGAAAAUAUUAAAUUUGAACGUACGUGA